UCGCCCCAGAGCGGAGACCCAUCCUCGCCUGGCUGCGUUGGCGGUUUCUGCGGCAACAACCUGGGUGGACCAGGCAGCAGCACCGGGGGCGGAAAGAAGAAGCAGUAAACGAGGGUGGGAAAUAUCCCGACAGCCCCCGCUCCAAACUGUCUCGGGGCAGGACUCUGUUAGACCACGCAGGAGUGAAGAUGGUGAAAACAGGGGGGGCUUGCUCUGUUCCGG